CAUACGUACGUACAAUAUAAGGAUAUAAGGUGUGGGUCUGUAAUUAAGUUGAAGUACACGGAAUACGCUGACAGUGCGUGCGAAUCGAGGUCCCUGAGCACCUUCCCACGGGAAGCAACAGAACGCGCCCAGUUUUUUGCAAGUGUAAAAGCUAUAAAAGGACACGCCGUAUGGCUGGCGCAGCUUAGUUAGUUGGUGAUACGCUUGCACGGACACAGUUCACCAUGUCGGAGAUCAAAGUGGACACAGAGGACUCAGAGGAGAAAUCCUGCAACAUAUUGCCCGGCCCAGAGCUUCUGUCCCUGCCAAGCUUCGAUCAGAGGGCCAGCAUCGCCUCGGCGGCCUUGAGUGAUGUGCCCAGCGAUGUGAUCAUCAAGUCUCGCAUUCGAUAUGGCAGUCCCUUGUCCGCCUGCAAGGGCCUGCUGCUGGAGUAUUCGAAGAACACGACCAUACACGGCAUACGAUAUAUUUUUGAGGUUCAUCGUCCCAUCUAUGAGAAAGUUUAUUGGCUGUUCUUCACAUGCAUUUCUGUGUAUUUUGCCAUUUCCCUCAUCUGGGAUACCUAUCUCAAGUGGCAGGAGUCACCGGUAAUCCUCGGAUUUGACGAGACUCUGGUGCCAGUGCAUAAGAUACCAUUUCCAACCAUCACCAUUUGUCCGGAAAUCAAAAUGGAACGCAAUCUCUUCGAUUAUACGAAUGUAUCGCGUUUGCUCUGGGAGGAAUACCAAAAGAAUGGUAAUGCUACCAGCAUGGAUGAUGAAGAAUUAUCGCGCAUGGCUGCUGCCAUGCACAUCUGUGAUCCGGAUGUGGUGCAUCGUUUUAUGCCCAUACUCUCCCAAAUGAAUCCACCGUUUGUGGACAUAACCGAAACAUUAAUCGAAUUGAGCAUAUCGAAGAAUGAGACGGGUCCGUUUUGCAAAUGGAAUGGACGUUUCUAUUUUUGCGAUAAGAUAUUCGAUUUUGUGGCCACCGAUGAGGGCAUUUGCUAUCAAUUCAAUGGCCUUCGUCCCAAGGAUAUUUAUCGUGACGAGAACUACAUCAGCUACAAGGAUCCCGAUAUUGUGGAUUUCAAUAACUUUUUUGAUACGGAUUUGCCGCGUUGGAACGACAUCCGUGGCAAUUGGUCGCUGGAUACGGGUUUUGUGGAUCAAGGACAGAAUGCCUAUCCACAGCGUACGGUCUUCUCAUCCGUUGGGAAUGGAUUCUUUGCCUUUCUACAGGGACUGCAGCACAAUUUUGACUACGAUUGUCGCAGUUUCAAACAGGGCUAUAAGGUCUUUCUCAACUCCCCGGAGAGUGUGCCACUCACGUCAGGCAAUUAUAUUCUUGUGCCCCAUGGCGAUGAAGUUUUGGUCAGUGUACUGCCCAACUAUGUCAUGUCUACCGACAAUUUACACGAAAUCAGCCCCGAAAAGCGUCAGUGUUUGUUCGAUGAUGAGCGUUCCUUGGCCUUUUUCCGUUCGUAUUCUCAAAGCAAUUGCCAAACCGAAUGCCUGGCCAAUUUUACGGUUUCCAAGUGUGGCUGUGCCAAGUUCUGGAUGCCCAAACCUUUGGGCACGCCUGUGUGUGGUUUGGAUGACAUUAACUGCUAUACGGCUGCACAGGAUGAGCUCUAUACGAUAUUGCAAAAUCAGACCAUGGAAAAGAGUGUCAAUGAUAAUGUGGAUAUAAUGUGCAACUGCAUGCCGGCCUGCACAUCGCUGGAGUACAAUUUUGAGAUAUCCCGAGCACGAUACGAUGUGGCUAAGACAAUUAGGGCCUUUCGGGAGGUAUAUGAGCAUACAGAUGCCAUUGGUUCACGUCUCUCUGUGUACUUCAAGGAGCAUCAAUUUACGGCCAUCAAGCGUACCAUUCUGUUUGGUGUCUCCACCCUAAUAUCCAACUGCGGUGGCAUUUGCGGCCUCUUCAUGGGCAUCUCAUGCCUUAGCUUUCUGGAGCUGCUCUAUUUCUUCUGCAUGCGCAUCUGUGGCAGUUGUCGCGAUCGUCGCAAGCACAAGAUUCAAACGAUGUGCCCAGAGGAUGAGACAGAGGAUAAACUGGACUAAUAGUCACAAAAUUUACACUUUUGCCAUUUGAAUAUUUAAAUUGUAUCUCAAUAAAGAAGUUGUCUGGGGGGAAGCAGUUAUUUCACACUCUCAAUGACACUUUGCGGGUGUUUCCACUAACUAAAUGUAUUUAUUUAGCACUCACGUAGAGUUAGAUAGAGAUACUGCAUCGAGUGCACUUUAAUUGAUUAUAAAUUAAAAAUGCAUUUGAUUAGCACACGGCCAACGCAAUUGAUUCGCUCUAAUUAAACGAUUGUAACACUUGAGCAA